GUUGGCCGUCAGGCGGCCCUUGAUGAGGGUGUAUGGGAGGCGCAGCUUUUCUUAUUCUUUUUUCAUGUGUACACUUAUACAUGUAGAGCUGAACUGAUUUUUAGCCUUUGUUCUCCUGAGUGCAUUCCACCUUAGCAGGUGACAAGUUCCCCUGCCUCUUAGUGGGCUUGUGAAACAGCUUCCCCUGCAGCUCUUACCCUGACAAAGGCUUGGUCUUUCACAACCUUGUCAUCCUUGCCCAUAACACCGCUUUCAAAAUGCUGUGAGUGUCUCUGAGCAGCAGCGCUAGCAGCAGGGUAAGCUGGCGUUCGUUGGGCUCGCCCCAAAAGGCUGUGCCAGACCUGUAGUGACCCAGAGCACCUGGCUUCUGCUGUGUUGCUGCAGGGUGGGUAGCACCUGGUGGGUUUUCCUACAGCCUCCGUGCGUGGCGUCGGCUAGCUGUCGGGGAAUGGCAACUUCAGCUAAAGAAACCCCAAGCCAAGAAACAGUUCUCAUCCUCAGCCUGGAAAGGAGGAUCCAGGUGGAUGAACUAAAGGCCCAACGGAUGGAAGACAGAUAAUAAUUUGUUUCCUCUCUGAACACCAGCAUCUAUUAUUAAAAAACCAACCAACCAACCAACCAACCCCUUGUGUUUUUUAUUAAUGGUAGUUGAUGGGGUAUGGUUGAGCAUGCUGCAUAUCCAGCCAGUGAAAAGGUGGCAUUGACGUCUGAAAGAAAGCAACAACCACAUAGAGAAAUUUGCUUUGUUUUACAGCUUCCACUAUUGUACUCAUCCGGCUCAUCCUGCUGCAGCUUUGCCAGAGUUCAGAAAUCAUUUGGAUCUGAAGCAGGAGGUGAAGGAAGAACUCGAAUCUGUCUGAAAGGUUCCUCAGCCUUUUGUGUGGACAAACAGCGCGGUCUGACACGGUUAAUGGCUGAUCGGGUGCUUGUGAUUGGCAGUGGAGGGAGAGAGCAUGCGCUUGCCUGGAAGUUGGCCCAGUCUCCACAUGUAAAACAUGUGUUUGUUGCUCCAGGAAAUGCAGGAACAGCUGACGAUGGAAAAAUUUCAAAUUCAGCUGUGUUAGUGAGCAAUCACACUAUUGUUACCCAGUUCUGCAAAGAUCAUAACAUUGGACUUGUGUUAGUUGGACAAGAAGCUCUUUUGGCAGCUGGGAUUGUUGAUGACUUGAGAGCAGCAGGAGUUAGGUGUUUUGGACCAUCUGCAAAAGCAGCCCAGCUAGCAUCCAACACCAGUUUUGCCAAAGCCUUUCUGGAUCGACAUGGGAUCCCAACAGCAAGAUGGAAAGCCUUCAACAAUCCCCAGGAAGCUUGUAGGUUUAUUAUCAGCACAGACUUUCCUGCACGAGUUGUACGGGCAAGGGGCCCUGCUGCUAGAAAAGAAGUGACUAUUGCAGCCAGCAAAGAGGAAGCCUGCAGAGCUGUCCAAGAGAUUAUGCAGGACAGAAUGUUUGGAGAGAUGGUUGUUAUUGAAGAACUUCUUCAAGGGGAAGAACUUUCUUGUUUGUGCUUCACGGAUGGUGUCACUGUUGCCUCAAUGCCCCCCGCCCAGGCCCACAAACGAUUAUUGGAUGGUGACCACGGUCCAAACACUGGAGGGAUGGGAGCCUAUUGCCCGGUUCCUCAGGUUCCAGAAGUUCUUCUAGAGAAAAUCAACGAUGCUGUCCUUCAACAUGUUGUUGACAGUAUGCGGCAAGAAGGAACAGCAUAUGUAGGUGUGCUGCAAACAGGUUUAAUGCUUACCAAAGACGGUGUGAAAAUUUUAAAUUUUAAAUGUCAGUUUGGUGACCCUCAGUGCCAGGUAAUUCUGCCACUGCUUAAAAAUGAUUUUUAUGAAGUGAUUCAAGCAACAAUUGAUGGCAAACUCUGCAGCUUCAUGCCAGCCUGGUCAGAAAAUAGUACAGCUGUGUGUGUGGUCAUGGCAAGUCCAGGAUACCCCGGAGACUAUGACAAAGGCAUGGAGGUAACAGGGCUGCUGCAAGCCAAAGAGUUAGGGCUGCAGGUGUUCCAUGCUGGCACGACACUGAAGGAUGGCAGAGUGGUGACAAGUGGUGGCAGAGUCCUCUCCAUUACUGCUGUUAAGGAGGACCUGAUGAAAGCAUUGGGAGAAGCCAACAGGGGUGUAGCAGUCAUACGUUUCAAGGGUGCCACUUACAGGAAGGACAUUGGCCAUCGGGGUAUACGUCUUCUCAAACAGUCUCUGAGUCUAAUAUACAAAGAGAGAUAUGUGGAAGCUCUAACCAGUGAUGUUUUGUUUCAUCAGCUGGAAACAUCUAUUGUAAGUGGUACCAGAUCAGGCAGUCAUUCAGAAGUAGGAGGCUUUGCUGGCUUCUUUGACUUGAAAGCAUCUGGUUAUGAAGAUCCUAUCUUGGUAUCUCAAACUAAAGGCCUUGGACCUAAACUGCAGAUUGCACAAGUAUGUAAAAGACAUGACACCAUAGGUCAGGACCUGGUUGCCAUGUGUGUCAAUGACAUCCUGGCUCAAGGAGCAGAGCCUCUCUUCUUCCUCAGUUAUUUUACCUGUGGCAAACUUGAUGUUGAAGUGACUGAAACAAUCAAAGAAGGAAUAGCUGAAGCUUGCAGAAAUGCAGGAUGCACUUUCCUGGGUGGGGAGAUGACUGAGGUGACUGGCAUGUAUUCUUCUGGAGAGUAUGACCUGGCUGGCUUUGUGGUUGGUGCAGUGGAGCGAGGGCAGAUGCUUUUGAGGCUGCAGAGAGCUGAUGAGGAGGAUGUGCUUAUUGGACUGGCCUCUUCCGGGAUUCAUGGCCGUGGCUUUAGCAUCAUAAGGAAGAUUCUCUUAAUGUCCUCCUUACACUACUCCUCACCAGCGCCUGGCAGUUGUGGUGACAAGACUCUAGGAGAUACAUUGCUGACCCCAGGAAAAAUGUACAGUCCAUCUUUGCUGCCUGUCCUUCGCUCAGGGCAUGUGAAGGCUUUUGCCUUCAUUGCUGAGGAGGGGUUGCUGGAAGGCAUCUCCAGAAUCCUGCCAGAACACGUCAGUGCUGUCCUAGAUGCUCUCAGUUGGAAGAUUCCUGAAAUAUUCUGCUGGCUUUGCAAAGAGGGAAACCUCUCCGUGGAGGAGGUGGCUCAGACUUUUAAUUGUGGGAUUGGUGCAGUCUUGGUUGUGCAGAAGGACCUGGCUCAGCAUGUUCUCAAGGACAUACAGAGACAUGAGGAAGCUUGGCUGAUUGGGAAGAUUGUUGCCCCUUGUCACACAGGAGGUUCUCACAUCGAAGUGGAGAAUCUUCUAGAAGCUCUGCAGCUGAGCAGCCCCCGGCAUCUGCUGAAUAACACUGUUGGUGAGGGUCAACACCAACCCAGAAAGAACAAAGUUAAAGUAGCUGUUCUCGUCUCUGGAACAGGCACAAACCUUGCUGCGCUCAUCAGUUAUGCAAAAGAGCCAGGCAGUUGUGCUCGAGUUGUCCUUGUCAUCUCCAACAAGUCUGGUGUGGAAGAACUACGAAAUGCAGCCCGGGCUGGAAUUCCCACCAGGGUGAUUGAUCAUAAGUUAUAUGGGAGUCGCUCUGAAUUUGACAGCACGAUUGACCGAGUUCUUGAAGAAUUUGCUGUUGAACUAAUAUGUCUUUCAGGAUUUAUGAGAAUUUUGUCCAGUCCUUUUCUCAGAAAAUGGAAAGGGAAAAUUUUGAAUGCCUCCCCAUCACUUUUCCCACCAAUCAAGGAUGAAAAUGCCCAUCAGCAAGCCCUGCAAAGUGCAUUCAAAGUCACAGGCUGCACCAUUCAUUUUGUCCUGGAGGAAUCUAGUCCAAAAGCAGUGAUCCACCAGGAGCCAGUAUCUGUGAAGGUGGACGACACCGAGGAGACACUGUCAGAAAGGGUUAAAGAAGCUGAGUGUCGGGCUUUUCCCAUCGCCCUGCAGCUGGUGGCCAGUGGAGCAGUGCAGUUAGGAGCCGAUGGUAAAACCUACUGGAAACAAGAGAGUCAAAGUCCGUGUCUUCAAGAAGAGAAGGAGACUGCACAUCCUCUCUCGUAGCUCUGGAGCCUCAAGAAAAUGAUGUGGUGUAGCCAGUUUAAUGAGUGGCUUGCUCUCUGCUCAUCUUUCCCUCCUCCCUCCUCCUCCCUGCCCUCCAUGUGCUUCUCUUUGCAGGCAUAUCAGUGUCACAGGUUUCCAUUCUGAGCCGUGAUUCUUUUCCCUUAGCUUGCAGCUUUAGUUACACUCCUUUUGCAAAAUUGGCGGUGGAAGCCAAGAUAUCAUUUCAGAUUUUGAAUUUCUUUUUGUUCUGUUUUUUCAUCUGUAAAGGACAUACUGUGUUACAAGUCAAAGAGGGGGCUUCAGCUGUAAAAGUGGUCUAGUGCUUCAGAGGGAAAUUAAUUCUUCCAAGGGAUCAAUUUUUAUUGGCUGCAUCACAUUGCAGAGCACCAAGAGCUUCACAAAGCAACCACAAACAGGAACCAUGCUGCUGCAAGAGGGUGACCAGCUCCUGUUGGAUGGAAGAGGCCAGACAUGUUGGGGCAGAUCAGAAGUGAGGCCCAGCCUGGCACAGUGUGGAUUUGGGAGUGAACAAGCAUUAGGGACGAAUGUAUAGUUCUGUGGGAGAAGGUGGGAGCCUACAAAGACCUCAUCCUUGUGAUCCCCACCACCGUGGGAGCGCCUCACGGUACACUGGAGAAGCAGACAUGUAAACAUGCACCUCUGUGGGAGCCAGUCUAGUGAGCUGCCAAGCACAAGAUCCGAAGGCCAAAAAGGCAGGGAACCUUCAGAAGGCAAACCAAAAUGAAACAAACUCCCUUUCACAGAUUGUCAAUAUGAUGUAAUAGUGCGUACUGAACAUACAUGUAGACACUUUCCCCUGCUCCUUGAAAGGGAGGGGUGCAUAGACAUUCCCAGAAUUUCAUAUUAAAACAUUUUGAUCUUGAGGGAUGAAAAUUUGAUUAGAGGGACUAGAAACACCAGAUUUCAGGCAUUUUUUCUUCCUUAAUCUUUGAAAUCAGCAGAACAAGACAUCCUCAGCUUAACUUGCAGUAGCAGGAAAAUCUGUUUUCUUUGUUGAUUGAAUGAUUGGCUUGGUCCAGGGAGUCGCUGCUGUUAAAUAAGCCUUUUGCUGUGGAAGCUUUUUUUAUAUCUGCUGGAAUAAUGACUUGCAUGCAAGUAACAAAUCAGAGGAAGAAAGCUAGCUAAGAAGCUACUUGAACAAACUAGAACAGAAGUAGCCAGAACUGAAUUUUCCAGAGGAGGGAUCGCUAACAGCCAUUAGAUGCAGUGAAAAAAAUGCAUUCUUCUUUUGGUAUUACCUAUACUGUACUAGUAAGGGGCAUACUGUAUAUCUUGCUCUUGGCUGUAUCAGGCUGUUUGAGAAUAUGAGUCAGCUCCAGUUAGAAAGUCUAAAUUUUUCUUUUUUUUUUUUUUUUUUUUAAUGUGUAGCUAGUGGUGUUUCAGGAGGGGAGAAAGAUUCAGUUCCCUCCUGUAAGCUUUGCCAUUUAUGUACAGAAAUCUGUAUUUGUCUCUUGCACUCCAAUGACUGGAGCAAGGAACAUGUAUUUUUCAUGAUCUGGGAGAAAUAGGAAGAACUGUAACAAGGCAAGAUUAACAAAUGUUUGGUAUAUAUAGAUAAUUUUUAUGAUAAACACAUUGCUUAGUUUGCUUUCAGUCUGUUGUAACUGUGUAGUAACUUCCUGUUGUAUAUUAUUUGAAUUGCAUAGCAUGCAUGACUGAAUGUUCCAAACUCAACAAAUAAAAUGUUAAAAGAGAAUAGGGUGCUAGUUAUUGUGCUCUGAUAGGUCUCCAGGUGAUCACUAUGGUAUUGAACAACUCCUUCUCUAAUUGUGUUCCUGGCAUCCCUCUGAGAUUGGGUGUGGUGAUAGUCUAUGAAUCUAUUUAAUUCUUUUUACAGAGUGGUAACUGAAGCAAAG